CCGCCAACCAUCCAUCGCCAAUCGCUUCCCUUCUCGACCCGGUCGUCUUCGUUCUUUUUUUCCUUCUCCGUCUCUCUCUGCCUCUUGUCUUGUUUCUACUCCCUCCUCCCUCCCUCCUCCCACUCCACCAAACACCUCCUGACCCGGCCUGCGUUCUCAGCAUCGUCGCCUUCCGCUCGUUUCAUAUACCCGCCCGUGGGCUUUAGCCUCUGUUUUCAGCCACUGUCUCUCUUACACACACUCUCACACACUCUCUUUAGCUUGGCCACUAGACUUCCACUCUCACUCUCAUACUCUCAUCUCACUCUUCGCUUUUGUCAGUCCAUCAUAAACGGCGACGCCCGCUUCUCACCAUAGGUUUUCAAUCUUCUUUUGUCAAACAACCACUUGACACGACGUACAAGAGACCUCGGCCGGGCUCUUCCCAACGACACUCUGCGGGCUCUGCAAGGGCAUCUCGUUGCUGGCCCUCUUUCUACUUCUUUCCAGGUUGAUCCUCGGCCUCUUUUUAUUUCCCUCCUAUCUCUCUCUCUCUCUCUCGUCUUCGUACCGUUCUGCCGAAAGCUGUGCUUGCUUGUUAGCCUCUUACCACUUUGGAAAUCUUUCUUCAUUACUUGUUUGUUUCCUUUGGUCCACGACUCUCUCGCAAGAUACCCCCCAGACGCGACGACGACGACGACUACAAUACCAUCACCCCGAUCCAUCUCACCAAGGAAGCAUUCAAACCGGUCCCCGACGAACACGGCAAACUUCUUUCGCCAAUUUUUGUAUCAAAUCGCAUCAACCUGGUCAUCGUCGGGAAAGGGAUUGAAUUACUCGUUCUGGGUAUAGGAGAAAGAAGCCAGAAGAGGCUCAAAAGCAUAGACAUUGGAUAUAUCCCUCCAUUACACGGCUCGGGGAACUGCCAUCGAUUCCCGACAUAACGGCCAACACCGAUUCUUACUACCGCCAUUUUCCAUCAUCGUCAUCACCAACACAACAACACGAUGACGCGAGCUGUGGCCAACUGGGGCCCCAAGAGGCUGUUGGCGUUGGCCGCCGCCUUCGCCACCACCGGAACCCUCGCCGACUCCGUUCUUAAGACCAGCAGCUUUACGACGUGCGGCAACGAAACCGCUAUUACCGUCCAGAAGAUUGAUAUCCAGUACAACAACGACAACAAGACCGUCAUCUUCGAUGUGGCAGGAACGAGCUCCAAGGUCCAAAACGUUACGGCAAUCCUCGACGUCUCGGCCUACGGCACCGCCAUCUACUCCAACAGCUUCAACCCGUGCGAAUCAGCAACCUACGUCGAGCAGCUUUGCCCUGUGCCCGCCGGUUCUUUCGCUGCUCGUGGCAGUCAGCUGAUUCCCGAUGAGUAUGCCAGCAUGGUCCCUGAUAUCGCCUUCGCUGUUCCCGAUAUCGCCGCCCAGGCCAAGCUGCAGCUGAAGGCGCUCGACUCGGGCGAGGAAGUGGCCUGCAUUACGUCCCAGGUCACCAACGGCAAGACGGCCAACGUUGCCGCCGUGUCAUACAUCGCCGCCGGUGUCGCCGGCCUCGCCCUUGUGGCCACGGGCGUGUCGGCCGUCAGCUCGGCGUUCGCUGGAGGCAGUGCUGCCCUCAGCGGCAGCGGAACGGGUGGUGCUGGCACUGUCAGCCCUAGCUUCACCGAGGUCUUUGGGUGGUUCCAGGGCAUGGCCAUGAACGGCAUGCUCUCGGUCAGCUACCCGCCCGUCUACAGCAGCUUCGUCAAGAACUUUGGCUUCUCGACCGGCAUUAUUCCGUGGACCGACAUGCAGAUCGCCAUUGACAACUUCCGCGGCAUGACGGGCGGUGACCUUACCAAGGACAGCGUCGAGAUCCUCAAGAACAGCACACUCAUACUUGCCGACGGGUCGACCGUUGACGGCGGCAGCGCCCUUUUCAAGACCAAGCGCGCCAUGGAGGCCUUCAACACGCUCGUUCUGAGAGAGAUUGAGACGAGCGUCAAUGGAACUUCGAGCGACUCGGACGACCCGAUCUCGACGAUCAAGCAGCAGGUCCAGGGCAUCACGGCCUUUGUCAACACGCUCAGCGUGCCCAAGUCCAACACCUUCAUGACGGUCCUCCUUAUCGUCGCCAUCGUCAUCGCCGCCAUCAUCGUCGGCAUUCUUCUCGUUAAGGUCAUACUCGAGUUCUGGGCCCUCUUUGGCAACUUCCCCAAGGCGCUCUCGGGCUUCCGCGAGCACUACUGGGGCUCUAUCGCGCGCGCCGUCACGUCGCUCAUCAUGCUGCUCUACGGCAUCUGGGUGUUGUACUGCAUCUUCCAGUUCACCAAUGGCGACUCGUGGGCCGCCAAGGUGCUCGCCGGCGUCAGCCUGGGCAUCUUCACGGCCAUCCUCGCCUUCUUCUCGUACAAGAUCUGGAGCACGGCGCGCAAGCUGAAGCAGGCCGAGGGCGACGUCAACGGGCUCUACGACGACAAGAGCAACUGGAUGAAGUACAGCUUGUUCUACGAGUCGUACAAGAAGAACUACUGGUGGAUCUUCGUCCCCGUCAUCAUCUACAUGUUCGCCAAGGGCUGCAUCCUCGCUGCCGGCGACGGCCACGGUAUGGCCCAGACCUCUGCUCAGCUCAUUGUCGAGGGUCUCAUGCUGUGUCUCCUCCUGUGGGCCCGCCCCUUUGAGCGCAAGUCGGGCAACGUCAUCAACAUCACCAUCCAGGUCGUCCGCGUGCUGUCGGUUGCCUGCAUCCUCGUCUUCGUUGAGGAGUUCGGUAUCGCUCAAACCACGCAGACUGUGACGGGCGUCGUCCUGAUCGCCGUUCAGUCUGCGCUGACGGGCGUCCUCGCCCUCCUGAUCAUGUGGAACGCCAUCAACGCCUGCUGCAAGGAGAACCCCCACCGCAAGCGCAGAAAGGAGAUGGAGAAGAUGCAACGCGACAUGGACACCCUGACGCCUCUCGACGCCCGCAACUCCCUCCUCAUGGACCGCAAGGACCCCGAGCACGGCACGACCUUCUCCAUGUCCAGCGUGCCGGAGAAGCGAGACAACCGGUCCGAGUCGCCAGACCACUAUAUGGGCGCGGCGGGCAACGUUCCCUACCGGCCCCUGGCGCCCAACACGCCGUACAACAACGCCAACUCGAGCCACGAGAACCUCGUGCUCGGUGCCGCGCCCAUCGCCGACAGAAAGCCGACACUGCCCAACGUGGGUGGCGACUACAGCUCGGGCGGGUACGGCGGCGGCGGCGGGUACCGGGGUGUGUAUCACUGAGCAUGGGACGGCAGAGUACAACAGACAAAAAAACAAAAAAAGAGGAACCAAACCAAAAGAAGACGAAAAGGACAGGAAGGAGGAACGCCCCUCUUUUCUUUCAUCGCGCUGCGCUGCGCUCGGUUUUUUUUUUUGGUUUUUUUUGUCGUAAAGCGAUGCGACACGAGGCGCGAGGUGGGCGGGCAGGGCGCGGCCUCUGAAUGACAAUGAACCUUGGGAGUGUGGGCAAUGUAUGACAUGUGGAAACUCUCUUAUUAGCAGCAGCUUUCACAGAGAUCCAGAAGGAAAACCACUCUUAUAUCCUAUAUAUUUAUCACUUUCCUUAUUUCUUAUUCUAUAUUUCUACAUAUAAAAAAAAGCUACCUUAUGUUUUUUUAUAUAUAUGUUUUUUCACAUUUUUGUUUUCCUUGAGUCCCUCUUCAGAUUCUUCUAUUGUCGACAUCAACCGACAUCUUUGCCUAGCCCUACCUCUCGCAAAGCAUGGUCAUGAUAGCGACGGCUGCGUUGAUUUCUCUCUCGUCUCUCACGUAGAUGUACACUCUCCCCUGGACGGGAUGGGAGGGGAAGGUUGGGCGAAAGGCAAGGUAGCCGCUCUUUAUACACCACAUCACAUAUAGCCAUGUACAUAUUCUGAGGGGGUUGAACGUGAACGUGCGACUGCAAGUGGCGGGUUUUUCCCUCCUAUCGUCGUGUUCUUCGGGAUGUUCGAUAGAGG